AUGGAUAUGAGUUUCUUCUGGCGGAUCAAGUUCACACUUCUCUUCCCAAGCUGGGUGCCCGAUAGUCCAGUCCACUACGCGUUCAUGCUCAUGUUGACUGCGGGGCUCGGAGCUCUCCACGAAUGGAUUGCCCACAAGCACUGGAUGAUUCUCACUGCCUAUUCCACGCCAGGACCCAUCAUGGUCAAGGAUCCGCAGAGAGACUACCCCAAGCAACAUGAGGACGCGAUACUGAUUGCGGUGUUGAUGCAUGCCGCCUAUGUGACCACGAGCUACUUGCUAAUGAUGAUGGCUAUGUCGUUCAACGCAGGGAUCUUCAUUGCAAUCACUGUGGGAUUGUGCAUUGGAUUCUACGCCAUCUGGCCCCUGGAAUCGUCAAAUCGUGCCAGGAUUGUGCCAGGGCCAGCAUCUUGCUAG